UUACUAUUUAAGUGAACCUUUGUUCUGUCAAAGUCCAUUAUACACUUGUGCAUGGCUGAAUAACACUUUGGAAAAAAGAUGUAAGCACCUCCUUUAGGCUGGGACAUCAACGGGACAGGAUCAGGUGAGUGGCAUGAGAAUAAUGGCUGGGCCAAAACCUCGAGUGAUUGCACUUUCCAAGCACGAGGGCCAGACCUAUGGCUUUUACCUAAGGGCUGAAGAGGGGAUAGAAGGUCAUUUGGUUCGGGCCUUGGAGAUGGGUGGUCCUGCUGAACUAGCAGGUCUGAAGGAUGGAGAUCGCAUUAUCAGAGUCAAUGGAAUCUUUGUGGACAAUCUGGAACACCUUCAGGUUGCGGAUCUAGUUAAGAAAAGUGGAUUAACUGUCACAUUUCAUGUCCUGGGAGAUGAAGCCUACCGGCAUGCCAAAAGCAAUGGGAUAAACCUUGCAGAACCACAGUCCCCUUCUGCUCAGAGUCAGCCCACCAUGAACGGAGUCUCUGCACCAGGCCCUAAACUCAAACUCUGCUUUCUGCAGAAGUCCAGCAAUGGCUUUGGUUUCUCAGUGAAAUCCUUUAAAGGUGAAGAAGGAAUAUUCAUGACCGAUUUGAUUGCGGGAGGCAUCGCUGAUAAUGCAGGGGUUAAGGCACAUGAUCGUGUGGUGGAGAUCAAUGGAGAAAAUAUAGAACGUGCUACACAUGAUCAAACUGUGGAAAAAGUCAAAGCUGCUGGAAAAAGUGUGAUGUUAUUACUUGUGGACGAGGACACGGACAAAUACUACAAGAAUAAAGGCAUCGCACUCGGAGCUGGACUGGCCACAACGAAGUACCUACCGCUGAAGCCUCGCAUAGCUGAAAUCACCAGAGGAGCUGACGGUUAUGGCUUCUUCCUCAAGGCAGACCCUGAAACUCCAGGUCAUUUUAUUGGAGAUAUCGACCGUGAGAGUCCUGCAGAAAAAGGGGGACUGAAAGAGAUGGACCAGCUGGUGGCUGUGGAUGGAGAGGAGGUUAUUCACUGUACCCAUGAUCAAGUGGUAGAUAAAAUACGUCAGUGUGGAAAUCGAUGCUGCCUCCUGGUGGUUGAUGUUGAAACAGACAAGAUGUACAAAAUGGGUGGUAUCUCUCCUUUACUUUACUGGGAGGAAACGAGGAGUUCCCCGCCUCAGCAGAGCAAUCCUGAGCCUGAACCUAAUGUCACCCCAGUCCCAGCCGUGCCUGAUGCUGCUGAGAAAAUAUAUAAACCCAAAUUAUGCCGCAUGGAAAAGACCGCUGCUGGGUAUGGAUUCCACCUCAAUGGUAUCCAAGGAGUGCAUGGACAAUACAUCAAAGAGGUGGUGAAAGGCGGAGCAGCAGAAAGAGCCGGGCUGGAGGAUGACGACAUUCUGGUGGAGGUCAAUGGGGUGAACACAGAGCAAAGCACACAUGAAGAAGCUGUGAAUCUGAUCCGCAGUAGCGGAGACACAUUGGUCCUGCUUGUAGCAGAGAAAGAUGCCUAUGAUCACCUGAAAGCUAAGGGAAUUGCAAUUACCCCUAAACUGCUGGAUACAGAGAACACACCAGCUGAGUCUCGUGAAAGGACACCCUCCGUUUCAUCUACAUCGUCAUCAGACAGUGAUGAUGCAAGGCUUUAAGAAAGACAAUUUCAUGCUGCUAAUGGGUUUUAUUUAUGUGGCGGCAAACUGAAAUGCACAAAGAAAUGAAAAGCUUUUAAUGUAAGCAGUCAAUAAGUGCACUGCUGAAAAAGACAAUGUUUUAAAAGGAAAGCAGUCAUGUGCUCGGUCCUCUCAGACUACAGGAGAUUACUAAUCUACAGUUACUUUUGAAGUUGAAUAUAUGUGUGAUGUGAGGCCGAUAAUACAGGGCUUACAUUUGAAUACAGGACACAAAUUGUCUUUAAUCAUGCCAUGGUCACGUGUGUUAAUUAUGUAAGACCCUCUGAUGCCUUUCAUAUGCAAACUUAUGUUUUUUGCACCAUAAUGCAGUUUGUAUUGGCAGACACUCUGUACCAUUUAACCUUUUUGCACCAGUCUAUCUCUACUUUCUUGCACACAAAUACAUUCCCUGAGUUAAUAUUUGAAGUCUAGAUAUUCAGCAGUGAGCUAUUUACUCUGCUUAAUAUAUAUUAUGAAGUAAUAACAUAUAUUCUCUCAUAAAUAAAAAAAUCACAUAAUC